AUGCUGUACAUUAUUCGCAGGUUCCCUGGUCCGUUCUUGCGCUGCUUUUCCUCAUCUGCUCCGCGUCACGAGAUCCGUGAUGUCGCUGGGCUGGCUCAGCGGCUCAUCCCCAAAUACCAAGAAACCCAGGGUGAGCUGUUAUCAUUACAAUGGCCCGCGCCGCCUCGAAAUGUUCUACUGGUGCGCAAGGACUGCGCCCCAGCAGUGACUAACUCGCUCAUUGAAUUCGCCAAUCACAUCACAUCCACGUACCCUUCUGUCGCCGUCGUACUCGAACCAAAAACUGCCGCGGAAGUCCACUCGGCUCUUUCAUACCCUGUUUAUACUGCAUCCUUGGAGGACACGCCAACGGCAUAUCACGACAAGAUUGACCUCACCGUCACGUUAGGUGGAGAUGGCACAAUUCUGCACGCAAGCUCGCUAUUUGCGACAUGCUCCAAUGUGCCCCCUGUGCUGUCGUUCAGCAUGGGUACCCUCGGCUUCCUGAGCGAAUGGAAAUUCUCCGAGUUUAAGCGGGCAUUCCGAGAAGUCUACAUGUCGGGGGCUGGAGCUGGAGACCGAACUUCCUUGUUGGAGACGACCAGUGUACCCGAGAAUCAGGAUACGCAAGAUGCAAAUGCACAGCUAGGGCCGACUGGAUGGUCCUCUGUUCGGGGCAAGUCCAUGGGCUCGACUCGCGGAGCUCCCAUUUUGAUGCGCAACCGACUCAAGGUUGGGCUAUUCACAGGAGACGGCCGUGAGACGACUCCGAUUCGGGGCAAAACCGACCAUGGCGAGGGGGUAUACGUGAUGAACGAGUUGCUCAUCCAUCGCGGUAAAGAACCUCAUCUGGCAGUCGUGGAUAUCUGGGUGGGCGGCCGCUUCCUGACCGAGGCCGUGGUCGACGGAAUUAUCAUUUCCACCCCUACGGGAAGUACGGCCUACAGUCUCAGUAGUGGCGGCAGUAUCGUGCAUCCUUUGGUUCCAUCGAUCUUGUUAACUCCCAUCUGUGCGCGCAGUCUCAGUUUCCGACCCCUCGUUCUACCCUCCAGCACACCCAUCACGCUUCGACUGAGCGAGAAGAAUCGCGGACGAGAAUUGGAAGUGAGUCUCGAUGGAGUCAAUCUAGGUCAAGGUAUGGCUGUCGGUAUGGAGGUCCGAGUGUGGAAUGAAGAGAUGAGGCAUGGACGGAACGAGUGGCAGGGUGGCGUGCCUAGCGUUAUGCGGAGAAGUAGUGGCGAAGAAGCGCACGAAGGAUGGGUCGGAGGUCUGAACGAGCUGCUGAAAUUCAAUCAUCCGUUUGGCGAGUAA